UGAAGAUGGCGGACGAGGAAGCAACCACAGGGCAGCAAGAGGAGGAAGCAGCCGUUGGGGCGAGCGAGCCACGGCGCGAGAAAGGGCCUCGGGGGAGCGGCCGACCCCCCACCGUCAGGGAUUUACAGCUUGCAUUGGCUGGAUUAUAUGAAGAUGAAAUUAAAAGGCAACCGUCACAUUCUGAUAAACCAACAGAUAGAGAGACCAGUCAUCCAAGAUUACCAGUUCAAAGUCUUAAAAUUGACUCCUUCAGAAGUUUGAGAAAACCAGAAAGAAGUAUGAGUGAUGACAAGGAUAACCAAAGAUAUUAUUCAGGUGAUUCAGAAUAUAGGGGGCUCCAGGUAGUUGGAUCGUCCAAUAUAACUCCCAACAAAAUUGUCGAUGAAAUUUUCAAGGAAGCAAGAGAACAUGGGGCAGUCCCUUUGGAUGAAGUAUCAAGAGCUUCAGGGGAUUGUCAUAAAGCUAAAUCAUUUUCUGGUGGUGGAUACAGAUUGGGCAAUUCGUCUAGAAAGCGUUCCGAAUACAUAUAUGGAGAAAAUCAGCAUGGGCAAGAUGUUCAAAUAUUGCUAAAACUGUGGCGGAAUGGUUUCAGCUUAGAUGACGGAGAGCUGAGAUCUUAUGCAGAUCCAGUAAAUGCCGAGUUUCUUGAAUCUGUUAAAAGAGGAGAGAUUCCUGUAGAACUUCAACGAUUGGUGCAUGGAGGCCAAGUAAAUUUAGAUAUGGAAGAUCACCAGGAGCAAGAAUAUAUUAGGCCUAGACUGAGAUUCAAAGCUUUCAGUGGAGAAGGCCAGAAGCUUGGAAGCCUUACUCCUGAGAUUGUCAGUACACCUUCUUCACCCGAAGAAGAAGAAAAAUCCUUUCUUGAUGCUGUUGCUUUGGUUGAUGACUCCAUGCCAACAACCAAAAUUCAAAUUAGACUUGCAGACGGAAGCCGUUUAAUACAAAGAUUUAAUCAAACGCACAGGAUUUUAGAUAUUCGAAAUUUUAUUAUCCAGUCUCGUCCUUCAUUUGCAACCACUGACUUUGUUCUUCUGACUACAUUUCCCCAUAAAGAACUUACAGAUGAAAGCCUAACGCUAGAGGAAGCUGAUAUCCUGAACACUGUGAUUCUUCAACAACUAAAGUAAAUGUUGAGUGCAAUAUAGCUUCUGGAAAUGGAUAAUGUGCCAUAACGUUCUAUGCCAGUGCUUCCAGUAAGGUGGGGGGAUGAGGGGGAGCAAGAAGAAA